AUGGCCAUAAUGCGAAAGCGAAGGCCUCGCGCAAUCGACGCCACCACCCGUACUGACCACGCAGUUAGUGAUCGCCUUCGUCCACUUGAUGAUCUACCCGAGCCACCACAACGUCUUUCAAGGCCGCUCGAACAUGGAAAUGACUCCGAAGCCUCUGUUAAUCUUGCUCGGGCGACUGCUAGUUUACCUCAAGACGCCCUGUCAGAGCUGUUCGGCAGCUCGGGAGUGACUGGUCUGCCUGUUUUCGAACAUGUCACCGGUGAUGGCGGCAUAGGCCUCUCUCACGACUUCGUGGGCUUCGACAGUAUGAUGACCGAGUUCAAUGCCCGGGAACAACAUGCAACCACAGAGCAGCUGCUCGCCUUUGAGUCAGUCCCAUCAGCGGGAGCUGUCAUCGGCUCCCAGUCUCCCAGUUCUCUACGAAAAGAGGGGUCGAAAGGUAGUGAUGGAAGAAUAUUUGGCGUGGACACACUACUACGGCCGGCGAGCAGCUCAAGAGCCAUGUCUGCUGGCAUCUUUAAUCGCAAGGACAGUGGAAACAGCCAGUUCCUCGGUUCGCUCUCCCAGCCCCGACCAGUGGCAAUCUCUAAUGUACACAGGCUACACUUCCACGGCGGCCGUCGUUGCCCUUUGCGUUCGUGA